GGGGAAAUGGUCAUCGCCCCUCCCACAUCGGCUCAGCUGAGAUACGUCCUUCUACACAACGCCAUUCCUUUUGUAGGAUUUGGUUUCCUGGACAACGCCAUCAUGAUUGUAGCUGGCACGCAGAUUGAGUUGUCCAUAGGUGUGAUCCUUGGGAUUUCAACCAUGGCAGCUGCUGCCCUGGGGAACCUUGUGUCGGACCUGGCUGGACUCGGCCUUGCAGGUUACGUGGAAGCCCUGGCCUGUCGUUGUGGGUUGGUGGGCCCUGAUCUGAACCCCAAACAGGCUGACAUGUGGCAGACCAGAGUUAGCACCCACAGUGGUAAAGCCAUCGGAGUUGCCAUCGGCUGCAUCUUAGGGAUGUUCCCGCUACUCUUCUUCAAAGAUGAGACGAAGAAGAAAGCAGUGGAAAGGGAGGGUAAAGAUGGAUCACUGACCUCCAUCUCUACUGGCAGCAGCAGCAAUUGAGACAACUUGACAGAAAGACUUACCUUCUCGGGAAGAGAGAGAGAACUGGACUACGUCUACUUCACAACCUAACUACUGCAUAAUGAAUAACCUCAAUCAAGUGUGACUACUGAUGUCAAUUGUUGAUGUCAAUGUCUUCAAUAGUUCCUACUGCAACGUUGAAAAAGCAGUAUGAAGAAAAACAACAACGAUGAUAAAUACAAGUGGACCACUUUUCCAACCACGUUUUCUGCUGCUUCUUUGGGUUGUUUUGUUUGUUUUGUUUUUUGAGUUGGUGCAUCUUUUCUUUUUUUGAGUUUAAUGUAUCUUAGUCCUAAUCAGUUAGAGGUGGCCAGGAUGGAUUUCUGGUGGACUACACUCAAUUCAGUUCAAUUGAACUUUAACAUCUCUCAAAGGGGGGAUAUUCCUGCAACAUCUGGUGUAAGUAAUCAACAUGCUGUGUGGCUGUUGUCUCUUCAGAUUAAAGGACCGUGUGAGGAGAGGACAAGGCCAGCUGCUAUAGCUAGAUAACACAUUUACAGAAACGAUUCAGUCUUCAGUUAGUAUACUGAGGUUGGACCUAGUGGUUAGAGUGGAGGGGCGGCAGGUAGCCUAGUGGUUAGAGUGUAGGACUAAUAACCAAAAGGUUGCAAGAUCGAAUCCCCCGAGCUGACAAGGUAAAAAUCUGUCGUUCUGCCCCUGAACAAGGCAGUUAAACCCCACUGUUCCUAGGCCGUCAUUGAAAAUAAGAAUUUGUUCUUAACUGCUUUGCCUAGUUAAAUAAAAAAAUAAGCAGCUUCUUCUAACGCUGACUUCAAGUCAACCACAAAUCAUUCUGUGGUGUUUGAGAGGAUCCAUCCCUUAGUUUUGGAGGAUUUGGUGUUUGAGUUUGAGAUGAGGAAUUUGAGUAACUCUAGGGAGCCUAGUCCCAUGAGACUAGGGUUGUAUGGACACCAGGGGUCAGAUUUGGAAGGAUGGUACCAUGAGACUAGGGUUGUAUGGAUACCAGGGGUCAGGGGUGUCACUCAUUCCAUGGCCCAGUGUCAGCUGGUUUGUAAGACCAAUUAAGAGGGAGACAACCAGGUGAGGGGAGUUCCUAACCAAUUAAGACCUAGACAACCAGGUGAGGGGAGUUCCUAACCAAUUAAGACCUAGAUAACCAGGUGAGGGGAGUUCCUAACCAAUUAAGACCUAGACAACCAGGUGAGGGGAGUUCCUAACUAACCAAUGAAGACCUAGACAACCAGGUGAGGAGGGGAGUUCCUAACUAACCAAUGACGACCUAGACAACCAGGUGAGGAGGGGAGUUCCUAACUAACCAAUGACGACCUUGACAACCAGGUGAGGAGGGGAGUUCCUAACUAACCAAUGAAGACCUAGACAACCAGGUGAGGAGGGGAGUUCCUAACUAACCAAUGAAGACCUAGACAACCAGGUGAGGAGGGGAGUUCCUAACUAACCAAUGACGACCUAGACAACCAGGAAAGGAGGGGAGUUCCUAAAUAAUCAGUGACCUUACUCGAUCAUUCAAGUACAAACAAGGAGCAAAAACCCACAGACACUCGGCCCAUAGACAUAUAAUGGAACGAGUCUGACACCUGUGGUAAAGGUAGACAGCUUUAUUGAGUGCUGGGCAUAUAAUCCUACUACCAGAGGGCGAUGUGGAGCCAACUCACCCCAAGUAUGACUGUCUGUGUGCAUUAUCCACAUGGCUUGGCCAUUGGUUGUGGAAACUGUCGUCUUAACAUGCCUGUAAUCUAAUCUCUUAUCUAGAUAUUGAGCAGUAUAUGGAAAGCAAGCCUACUCACAGCCUCUAGAACUCUGUUGAGUAGCAGUACAGUCCCAGUAACCUCCACUACAGUCCCAGUAACCUCCACUACAGUCCCAGUAACCUCCACUACAGUCCCAGUUACCUCCACUACAGUCCCAGUAAUCUCCACUAACAGUACAGCCCCAGUAACCUCCACUACAGUCCCAGUAACCUCCACUACAGUCCCAGUAACCUCCACUACAGUCCCAGUAACCUCCGCUACAGUCCCAGUAACCUCCACUACAGUCCCAGUAACCUCCACUACAGUCCCAGUUAACUCCACUACAGUCCCAGUAACCUCCACUACAGUCCCAGUAACCUCCACUACAGUCCCAGUUAUCUCCACUACAGUCCCAGUAACCUCCACUACAGUCCCAGUAACCUCCACUACAGUCCCAGUAACCUCCACUAACAGUACAGUCCCAGUAACCUCCACUACAGUCCCAGUAACCUCCACUAACAGUCCCAGUAACCUCCACUACAGUCCCAGUAACCUCCACUAACAGUACAGUCCCAGUAACCUCCACUACAGUCCCAGUAACCUCCACUACAGUCCCAGUAACGUCCACUACAGUCCCAGUAAACUCCACUACAGUCCCAGUAACCUCCACUACAGUCCCAGUAACCUCCACUACAGUCCCAGUAACCUCCACUAACAGUACAGUCCCAGUAACCUCCACUACAGUCCCAGUAACCUCCACUACAGUCCCAGUAACCUCCACUACAGUCCCAGUAACCUCCACUACAGUCCCAGUAACCUCCACUAACAGUACAGUCCCAGUAACCUCCACUCACAGUACAGUCACAGUAACCUCGACUACAGUCCCAGUAACCUCGACUACAGUCCCAGUAACCUCGACUACAGUCCCAGUAACCUCCACUAACAGUACAGGUUCAUCAUCUGCCUGCCUUUAUAUCUAGGGUAUUGUCCCAAAUGGCACCCUUUUCCCUAAAUAGUGCACUACUUUUCUCCAGAGCCCUAUGGUGAUUCAUAUUGAUGUCCCAUUCAUUCACACUGAGGUGCCCUUAUCCUCUCUCUCUCUCUCUCUCCCCCCCUUCACUCUCUCUCUGUUUCUCUCUCUCUCUGACAGCCUCCUUCAGUGAUUAUUAAAGCAGUUGUAUUCUGAGACAGACCGUAUACUACCUUUGGGAACAGAUUGUUUUAGAGGUACUGAGAGAGAGAGAGAGAGAGAAGGAGAGAGAGAGACAGAGAGAAGGGGGAGAGAGGGAGAGAGAGAAGGGGGAGAGAGAGCGACAGAGGGAAGGAGGAGAAAAGAGAGAGAAGGGGGAGAGAGAGGGAGAGAGAGGGAGUGAGAGAGAGAGGGAGGGAGAGAGAGACAGGGAGAAGGGGGAGAGAAAGGGAGAGAGAGAGAGAAGGGGGAGAGAGAGAGACAGAGAGAGGGAGAAAAAAAAGAGAGAGAGAGAGAGACCAUGAGAAGGCCUAUAAUUUAGCCACAGAAGAUCAAUAGCUUUUUUUUUUAAAUAGCCUAGCUGUGGAUUGUAGCCCAAUAACAAGGAGUAGCCUACAGUCAGGAACGCGCAGCAAA